AUGGGUCAAUUCGCCUCUUCCGAAGGAGCUCGUGGAGGCCCCAGGAGCGUUCUCAUCACCGGAUGCUCCGAUGGCGGUCUCGGGGCUGCGCUUGCGAUGGCUUUUCACUCCGCUGGCUUGCACGUCUACGCCACGGCCCGGGAUAUUUCCAAGAUGAAGAAUCUCGCGGCAUCUGGCAUCGAGACGCUGGAGCUGGACGUCACAUCACCGUCGUCGAUUGCAAGCUGUGUCGGCAAGCUGCCGAGCCUCGACAUAUUGGUCAACAACGCAGCCGCCAUGUUGACAAUGACGGCAGCGGACGUGUCCAUCGAAGAGGCCAAGAAGGUGUUUGACACCAACCUCUGGGGCGCGGUCCAAAUGUGCCAGGCAUUCCUGCCGCUGAUCAUCGAGUCCAAGGGCAUCAUCGUCAACCACACAUCCAUCGCUUCCGUACUUCCUGUCCCCGGCGGAGCGGCGUACGCGGCCUCGAAAGCCGCCAUGUCCAUGUACUCUGCCAUUCUGCGGAUGGAAGUCGAGAGCUUUGACGUCCAAGUCAUCGAUCUCAAAACCGGAACGGUUGGGCCGACCAACCUCAUCAACAACAACUAUACAAGGACGGCGAAACAUGCGGAUGAUUCUGUCUUGCCCGAGGGGUCAUGUUACCAGCCGGCCAAACACCUGCUCGAACCGAUCUUGAGGCAAGACAAGUUCAAAGGCACCGGCAUGCGACCAGCAGAGUGGGCGAAGGCCGUGGUGGGGGACUUGUUGAACAACACGCGGCCGCCACCUCUCAUUUUCAGGGGGCACUAUGUGAUCCUGGCCAAGGUGGCUGCUUGGCUUCCGUUUGGAGCGUUGGAUGGGCUUGUGAAGAAAACAACAAAGUUUGACCAGGUCGAUGCGGUCUUGAGACAGGUGGCGCAGCGUACAUAA